ACAAAGCAAAAGCACUAAACUUUAAAUGGUUGACCCUUCUUUUGAUUCAUCUCUAUUCUUUACUUUCAACCUCCAAUUUCUCUUCCCUGCAAAGUGGAAAUUGAGGGUAGAAAACCGAUUUCGUUAAAAUUUCGAUCUUGUUCCUGCAAAUUUUUCAAUCAAUUCAUCAUCUUCAACAAAUUCGUGUCUCCGGUAUCUCCUAGCAGGAGGAUGGUAACCGGAACUUCUCUGGAAGACGGAGAGAGGAACCCCAAAGGAGUUACCCGGUCAUGGGGCCCUGCUGUGUCCGGACAGUCAGUUUCAACUAGUGGCAGUAUGGGAUCACCAUCCAGCCGGAGUGAAGCUGGAAUGGCAACACCCGCUCGUGAUAAUACUGCUCUUAGGCUAAGCCAUUUAGAGAUUCAUGGUGAUGACUCUGCCUCUCAGGGUGCUGUUGUGAGUAAGAAGAAAAAAAGAGGUCAACGUGCUACUGGAGCUGAUAAAAGUGGUCGUGGACUUCGGCAGUUUAGUAUGAAAGUUUGCGAGAAAGUGGAGAGCAAAGGAAGGACAACAUACAAUGAGGUAGCAGAUGAACUAGUUGCUGAAUAUGCAGAUGCAAGUAAUGCACCUGGGCCCAAUGAACAGCCGGGGUAUGAUGAGAAAAACAUUCGCCGGAGGGUGUACGAUGCACUGAAUGUUCUUAUGGCAAUGGAUAUAAUUUCCAAGGAUAAAAAGGAAAUUCAAUGGAAAGGUCUGCCUCGAACAAGCUUGAAUGAUAUUGAGGAGUUGAAGACCGAGCGGCUUGGACUGAGAAAUAGGAUAGAAAAGAAAGCUGCAUACUUGCGGGAAUUGGAAGAACAAUCUGUAGGAUAUCAAAACCUCAUACAUCGUAAUCAACAGUUGUAUGGCAAUGGGAAUGUGCCUACUGGUGGUGUAGCUUUACCUUUCAUUCUGGUUCAGACUAGACCGAAUGCUACUGUUGAAGUGGAAAUAUCAGAAGACAUGCAGCUUGUGCAUUUUGAUUUCAAUAGUACCCCAUUUGAACUCCAUGAUGACAAUUACGUUCUGAAGCAAAUGCAGUUUUGUGACAAACCCCCAAAUGAUGGUGGGGCUUGCAGUACUCCGGGUAGUCAAGGUGAAGGCAUCAGCAUAGCUAGCACAUACCAUCCUCAAAUCUCCGAGCCUUCUUCGCCUAAAAUGCAUCACAACCAAAUUUCUCAGCCACCAUCCCCACCCAAAUUAUAUCAAACUCAGAAUUGUACUUCGCCAUCAUCAUCAAACACAUACCAACCUCAAAUGCCAUUUCCACCUUCUCAGUCAAAUACAACAAUAAAGACUCCCUCGUCUCCGCCCCUUCCCGGAAUCCUUAAAGCCCGUGUGCAGCAUGAAGGUUAGAGCAGAACUGUUGAACUAUGUGUAUAAUAAGUUCCUAUAAACCUGACUCUUGGCGGUACGCCGUCAACCUCUCAAUGUGGCAAUUUCAGCUGGAGAGGUAUUUAGAAGUAAGACUGAACUCAUGAGUUACUCUUCUCUUCUACUGCAGAUUUAUAGGAAUUCAAUGUAUCAUCAUUUUAAUUAUAGAUUAAUCGUUAAUUAUUCUUAUCUUCACUUUAAUUCUGUAGAAAUGAUUAGCCUUUAGCUGUAUUGUACAACUAUGGAUGAACCCAGAAGAUCCAUUGCUCUUAACUUAGUGCUGGAUAUGAUAAUUCUGUAGGUUAUUUUCUGAAAUGGAUCUCAUAUUUGUUGAUUGAUUGUUCUUGUACAAAAGCUUCAUGGUAAUCUAAAAUCAUCAUAUACUGAAAA